CUGAAGACGGUCACGGCCGACGAGGUGGGGGACCUCAAGGCCGUGUCUGGCCUGCGGGGGCUGCUGUCGGAGGGCCUGGGCGACCGACCCGAGGAGCACACGGUGGAGGCGUCCUUCCCGUCGCUGCGUCACCUCUCGCUCGGCAACGGCGAGGGCGGCAAGGCCGCGGCGGCGGCGCAGGCGAGCGGGGGCGUCCUGCGCUUCGUGGAGCUGCGCUACCCCUCGCUGCAGGUGGCGCGCCGGCGCGCGCUGGCGCUGUUCAUGUGCACCUACAGCUUCGCCAUCGUCCGGGCGCUGCGAGAGGACUGGGGCAACUUUUACGCCAUCGUGUCCCUCUGGCAGCGCUACGGGCUCGACUGGCCAGCGGAGAGGAGCCAGGUGGCCCUCUACCAGCUCCGCCAGAGGGCCGUGUGCCCCGCGGUCGCGGUGCCCCUGAACGGCGGCCAGCCGCUGUCGCAGCUGGUGACGCGCAGGGAGCGGGCGGCUGCGCAGGGCGGCGGCGACCGCCGCCCCACCAGCGCCGCCCGCCGCGAGAAGAUGGAGGCGGCCACGCUGCAGAGGUACGGCGCGCUCGCCGAGCACGUCGAGGGCUGGCGGCGCAGGGAGCACGACGUGGUUCAGGAGCAGAUCCGCGACCUGGAGCGCCGCUACGGCUCCCUGCAGGACGCCUUCGGCGCCCCGCCCCCAGGCGCCCAGGACGUGCAGGUACGAGGAGCCAUCCCGCCCACCACGGCGCGGCGCACCGCUCCGCCGGCCGACGCCGUCGUGCGGGCCGAGAGGGAGGCCGCCAGGGCCCUCGCGGCGGCAGCCAGGCAGGCCGACCAGGAGGAACGGAAGGUGCUGCACGACCGCGCCCGGCUGCCAGCGCCGGUGGACCACCUCGACUUCGAGAGGCGGCUCAUGGCGUUCCAUGCGCUCUGCGACGAGCAGCGGACGGAGGAGGCGCGCGCGAAGACGGUCAGUAGCCGCGAGACCGAGGAAGACCUGCGCAUGAAGGUGGAGCACGUUAGGACGACCCGGAAGGUCCAGAGGGCCGAGUUCCAGCUCCUGGGGAGCAUCCAGACGUUCCAGCGCGUGCAGCGCAACUCACAGGCGCAGGUCGACGCUGCGAACCAGCUGCACGCGCAGGAGAUGCAGAGACAGCGUGAGGUCGGCGCCAGGCGCGAGAAGAUCUCAUCGGAGAAGGCCAAGGCGGCCCAUCGUCGGGAGGCCGCGGAGGCGGUGCGCUUGUUCCAGGCGAAGAGGGCGUGCCUGGAGAGGCUGACCGCGGCCCAGAGCCGGGCCGCCGCGCGCCGGGAGGACGGCGCCGAGGCUGCCGGGGCUGUGCGCGCGAGGCGGCGGGAGCGCGCGGAGCAGGCGGGCGCGGCGGCCGCCAGGCGGCAGGACUCCGCCGACGAGCUGCUGCGGCGGGCGGCGGACCAGCGGGGCCUCCUCGCGUCGCAGAGCGCCCUGCGCGCGGCCGCCGAGGACGAGGACCUCGGGCUGCGGGUGAAGCGGGAGCGGCUCAAGGAUCAGAAGCCCCUCGGCGGGCUGCUGUGCGCGGCCAACGAGGAGCUGGGGCGCUUCCUGCGCGACGAUGCGGCGGAGCAGGACGGGGAGGAGAGCGCCCGGGCCACGACGCCCCGCGCGGGGGCCCGCCCAGGCCGAGCGGCGCGGCCAAGCCGCCGCCGCCCCACGUGGACCCGCCGCCGCCCUGCGCGGCGAGCUGUCCGCGCUCCGCGCGGGGCUCGCGAGGUCCCGCGGCGGGAGUUCUGCCCAUCUCCGCCCGGAGCGCCGGCCUGGCGGAGGCGUGGCGGCGCCGCCUGA